AUGUGCGACUUCACUAAGAACUACUACAUCUACACCUCCUGUAUGGACCCGGGGGCGCACUUCUUUGAUAUCCAACAUAGCCUCACCUCCGCUUCCGGCUGUCUCGCCCCGUAUGUGGCUCUUCUCCACGGAGGGUGGAUCCGCAUGAGCUUUGCCAUCAGUCUCGACGAUGCUUCCCAAGCCAUUGUUCGUGUCUACAUCCUCCCAGAUGAUGUUGACAAUUGCAGGGUGCCCCGCUGGGAUGCAUCGCUGCGAAAGGCGAGAUUGAGUCUUUUGGGGAAGCUCGACUAUUCACGAAGCACCUGGCAAGGGAAGGUCAGCAGCCGUCGGUGUAUAAGCCCACCCCCUUUUGCCUCUUCUCUGAUCGCCCGUGACUCGCCCCUGAAUCAGGACCAAUCUCUCCUACAAAUGUUCAACAACAUACCAUCACCCAAUCCAAAUCCCGACGAGAUUCAGGGCCCCGAGGCUCGCGAUGCCGCGUAUAGACUCAUGGACAGCGAUGUGCCCGGUCUCAACACUGUUCUGUACGUGUACCAACGCCGAUCUGCGGCGCUAAUGCUCCAGAGGGAGAAUCCGGGACAGCAUAUCUUAGAUCCCCGGCUUCUGAGAGUUGUUGAUCAGCUGGAAGUCGUCUGGUACUACGAUGCCGUCACAGGCACCAGCUUACGGGAGCCCAAGUAUUACGAUAGACCAUGCGGCGGCAUCCUUGCCGAGGAGAUGGGUGCUGGCAAGACCCUGAUAUGCCUUGCCCUCAUUCUUGCAACACGGCAUAUCCCUUCUUCCAUCCCUGAACUCUAUCGGACUAAUGACCCAGUCGUCCGCCCCCGUGUCGGCAGUCUUGCUGAUAUGGCUGCAGCUUGCGCUACCCGCCACUCGGUACCUUGGAGGACCGUGUUCGGGAGUCUUGACCCCAAUGGCGUAGACUAUCCUCGCUGCCUCGAUGCGAUACGUAGUAACCCGGGAGUAUACGAGCUACCUCCUCCGACUCGACGCCGGGAACGCCGCCAACCAGACAUUCCGCUCCCCUCAAAAAAGAUCUACCUCAGCCACUGCUCACUAGUCAUUGUGCCUCCGAACCUCGUACAGCAGUGGAAGCAAGAGAUCGCCAAACAUACGUUGGGCUUGAGGGUCCUGAUCGCCGACAAGAAAGAGCGGCUUCCACCAGCGACAGACCUCGUCGAGUGUGACAUCAUUUUAUUUUCAUCGACACAGUUCGAGAGAAUAUGGAAGGAUCCGGACGGCGGUGAUGUCGACAUCCUGGCCCAGAUCCACUUCAAGCGCUGUAUUGUUGAUGAGGGUCAUAAACUCGGAAAUUCUACGAUGCACAAGCGGAGUGAUAUUCAUCUCUUCAUCGAUCAUCUCCAGAUCACAGCCAAGUGGGCAGUGACUGGCACGCCUUCCAAGGGGCUCUUCGGAGUCGACGACAGCCCUAGCCUCCAAGGUGAUCGCCGGCCGAAUCAAUCUAGCAGGCGACAAGCCGAGACUUCUCUGGAGCUGGAAAGGAAGGACUUGAAGCGUAUCGGCGCUAUUGCGGCCUUCUACCUGAAGAUGCGUCCUUGGGCCAAUCUUCCAACCGACGUUGGAGAUUCACAAGCGGAUUGGCUGACUUACGUUAUGCAGCCGCAGCAUUCUCCUCGAAGCGCAGGGCGUGCAGACUGUCUAAAGAGCACACUCGAGUCUCUAAUCAUACGGCACCGCCUAUCGGAACUCAGCCAUCUUCUCCCUGGUGUUGACGAAAGGAUUGUCUACCUCGAUGGCUCGUAUCAAGACACCCUUGUGCUCAACCUCUUUUUCAUGAUGAUCAUUGCCAAUGCUGUUCAAUCGGAGAGAAAGGACCAAGAUUACCUUUUCCAUCCACGGCAGAGAAAAGCUUUAAUCGAACUCGUGACAAACCUACGGAGAUCAAGUUUCUUCGGCGGAUCCUUUUUCUCACCUGCCGACAUCUGCAAGACUGUCGAGAUGGCUGAAGAGUUCCUACGAGAAGGCAAGAUACCAAUCAGCGACAAAGACGCCGAUUUGUUACGUGAUGCUAUUGCAGCCGGCCGCCUAGCGGAAAAGAACCACAUCAAGGAAUGCUCUAAUCUGUUCCACGAGAUACCACUAUACGUGCAGUGCUUUCCGUGGGGAGCAGGCCAACCGUGGUCACUCGACUUAAAGGAUGGGGACCCGGUAUGCACAGACUCCCGCAUGAUUCUCGAACUCCAAAGGUUUCUCCAGCCUUUGGUCGAUGCUCCGGAAUCCUUGCAGAUCAUAUUCGAGACUGGGCGCCUCGCAGAGCGUGGCCGCGAGGCACGGUUAAAGGGAAUCGAGGACCAGGACUCCAGGGUUGAGUCGGCUUCUCAAAGAAACCAGGCGGGAAGGCUUGCCGGAAACACCCAGCUAGGACAGGAGAGCGGUUCUCCAAGCAAACGGCGCUCCGUGAUUAUGGGGAAGGGACCGUCCAAGAAGGAGGAGAUGCCCAUAGCUGCCGGCCACGGCGAAAGUGGGAUUGCGGAACCGCUUGCGAGAACCCAGCUUGUCUCAACCGCAUCGGCUAAGCUCUCCUAUCUGGUCGACCAGAUUCUAAUGCAUCAGGAACAUGAACAGAUUAUCGUGUUUUACGAGGAUGACAACGUGGCAUAUUAUCUUGCCGGCGUCCUAGAGAUUCUACAAGUCCAGCACCUAAUAUACGCAAAGGGCUUAACCCCUGAGCGGAGGGCGCAGUACGUGGCAACGUUCAAUUUCAAUCCAAAGUUCCGGGUGAUGCUCAUGGACGUCACCCAGGCAGCCUUUGGCCUCGACAUGAAGUCAGCGUCACGCAUAUACUUCAUCAAUCCCGUGCUGAACCCCCAGGUUGAAGCGCAGGCUAUCGGGAGAGCAAGACGCAUCAGCCAGAAGAAGCCCGUGUCGGUUGAGACACUUGUCCUCCGUGGCAGCGUGGAGGAAGUUAUCGUCAAGAGACGCGGUGAGAUGACGCAGGCAGAGCAGUGGAAGUGUCGCUCAAUCCUCGACGACAAGCCCAUUUAUGAAUGGAUUCUUAACGCGAAAAUCCUGCCGCUUCCGGGCGGAGGCCGUGACCUCGCAGGCCCGGACCAGAUGGCCAAGCUGCAGACGCCCCAGUUCAUCUUUGGCCGAGGCUUCGGUCGGGGCGUCAGUCACCCUGACCAGGAUCUGGUUACUGUGGAUGCAGAGCGGGGAAGGAAGGAGAAUGGUGUGCUAGCUGCGGCGGCGGAAGCAAGUCGGAAGAAACGGCCUGCGGAAUACAGCAGGUCGAACACACCGACCUUCGACGAAGCCUCUCCUCCAAAGCGGAGGCCGCGCGUGCGGUUUGCUUACGAGGAGGACGAUGGCAGGGAAUUUGCAGGCCCUAGACCCGCAACGAUGAGUUAA